UUUCCUGAAGUGACAGUAAAGUGAGUCUGAGACAGCAGAGCUGCAGUCGAGACAAGUCUCUCUGUUUCUCUCUAAAGAAACAUUCAACUGAAUCCAGCAGCUUUUUCUCAACAACAACAACAACAACAACACAACAGAAUCUCUGACAAACACUGUUCAGGUUCUCAUUACUUUCUCCACCGCUCCCUGUUGGCGACGGGCCACAGAAGGAGGAUCAACACUGAAGGAGCUGUAGAGUCACUUUUCAGGAAGUGAAAGUAAAGUGAGUCUGAGACAUUCAACUGAAUCCAGCAGCUUUCUCUCAACAACAAAAACAACAGAGUCUCUGACAAACACUGACUGUAGACAUGUCUGCUGCCAGCUGGCAGCUGAUUGAGGAUCAGUUUCUGUGCUCCAUCUGUCUGGAUGUGUUCACUGAUCCAGUCACCAUACCAUGUGGACACAACUUCUGUAAAGCCUGCAUCACUCAACACUGGAACAUCAAUGUCCCCUAUCAGUGUCCCAACUGUAAGAAGUCUUUCUCCACCAGACCUGAGCUGCAGGUCAACACCUUCAUCUCUGAGAUGGUUGCUCAGUUCAGACAGUCAGCUCAACAGAAAGCCAGCAGCAGCAGCUCAGAGCAACAAGCUGCCAAACCAGGAGAAGUUCCCUGUGACGUCUGCACUGGAACCAAACUGAAGGCCCUGAAGUCCUGCCAGGUGUGUCUGGAGUCCUACUGUGAGACUCACCUGGAGCCUCAUCUGACAAGACCAGGUCUGAAGAGACAUCAGCUGAUCGACCCCGUGGAGAACCUGGAAGGCAGGAUGUGUACGAAGCACAAUAAACUGCUGGAGCUGUUCUGUAAGACCGACCAGAUGUGUGUCUGCACUUAUUCAGACCACAAGAACCAUGAUGUUGUUCCUCUGAAAGAAGAAUAUGAAGGAAAGAAGGCCGAGAUGGAGAAGACUGAGGCUGAAACCCAGCAGAUGAUCCAGAAGAGACAACUGAAGAUUCAGGAGAUCAAACACUCGGUGGAGCUCAGUGAGGAAGAUGCAGACAGAGAGAUAGCAGGUGGUGUUCAGGUCUUCACCGCUCUGAAGGAGUCUGUUGAGAGAAGCCAGGCUGAGCUCAUCGACACGAUCAAAGAGAAGCAGAGAAAGACAGAGAAACAGGCUGAAGGCUUCAUCAAAGAGCUGGAACAGGAAAUCUGUGAGCUGAAGAAGAGAAGCACUGAGGUGGAGCAGCUCUCACCCUCUGAAGACCACAUCCACCUCUUCCAGAGCCUCAGGACCCUGAAGGCUGCUCCACCCACCAAGAACUGGGCUGGAGUCAGAGUCAGUCCACCUUCAUAUGAGGGGACUGUGAUGAGAGCUGUGAACCAGCUGGAGGAGACGCUCAGUAAACAGAUGAAGCUGGUCAAGCUGAAGAGGAUCCAGCAGUCUGCAGUGGAUCUGACACUUGAUCCUGAUUCAGCACAUCCAAAACUCAUCCUGUCUGAUGAUGGAAAACAAGUUACACAUGGUGAUGUAAAGAAGAAUCUUCCAGACAAUCCACAGAGAUUUGAUUAUUGUGUUAUUGGCUUAGCAAAGCAGAGUUUCUCUUCAGGAAGAUUUUACUACGAGGUUCAGGUUGAAGGAAAGACUAAGUGGACUUUAGGAGUGAUGAGAGAGUCCAUCAACAGGAAGGGAAGAAUCACACAGUCUCCUCAGAAAGGUUUCUGGAUGAUAUGGUUGAAUGAGAAUGAGUACUCAGCUCGUGCUGACCCUUCAGUCCAUCUCUCUCUGAAGUCUCAGCCUCAGAAGGUGGGGGUGUUGGUGGAUUAUGAGGAGGGUCUGGUCUCCUUUUAUGACGUUGAUGCUGCAGCUCUUAUCUACUCCUUUACUGGCUGCUGCUUCACUGAGAAACUCUUCCCAUACUUUAAUCCAUGUCUUAAUGAUGGUGGUAAAAACUCUGCUCCUCUGAUCAUCUCUCCUGUCAAUCACACUGAGUAGAACAACCACUGGAUUUCCUCCGGAAAGAUUCACUAAUAAUUAUUGUAACACAUCUAUAAUAUUGUUGAUUUACGGUGUAAACACGAUUCAUUUUCACAUUCUGAUAAAUGGGUUAUUACUAUUGGUCUGUAAAUGUUUUUCUAUAAUUCGUCAUAACUCCAACACACAGAUUUAAAGCCACUGAUUGAUAUUAUCUAAUGUAAUCUAAUUAAUUAUAAUAACUGCAUGACCUGCAUUCAAGACUGUUGAAUAAUCAAAAACAAUGUAAUCAGCAAUAAUGACCAUUUGCACAUUAAUUAAAUAUCAAUGACAAUGUUUUAUUGUUGAAUUAUUGUA